AUGUCCCAGACUCCACAGAAGAGACUAGAAUGCAAAUACAAGGCCAAGUCAAAGCGUAGAUCAGACCCUGCUCUUCCUAUAAGACUGACCAGCUGUAUAUUCCCAAGCCCUGUUACUAGAGUCAUGUCCCACCCAAGCAAUGAGGUCAGGUGCAGUCAAUGGGAAGAGAAGCUGGAGAAACCCCAGCAGGUAUCUGCCUACAGGAGGCUUCAGGGUCUCCAGGCCUGCAGCAGCACAGGAGAGCUACUAAAUACUCUGGAUUUCACAAAUACAUUGAAAACAGUUGUACCAUGUGGUCCUGGGAAAGUUCUGCGUCAUAUUGGUGAUGGAGAUCCAUGCAGCCACUCUCAACUCAUCCCUGGCCAGUCUUCAAAUGUGGCAGAGAUCAUCCCAGGGGUGGGCCUUCAUCUCUCCUCUCACUUCCAGGAACAGCAGAUAACUUAUGGAGAAAUAGGAAGACAAACUCAAAAUCUGAUGAAAGCAAGAGAGAACCUGGCUGAGGCCUUGCAGGCCGACAUGCUAGCCAAGAAGGCAGAGAGAUUUAGGCUUCAAGAAGGACAUCAUGAAAACUAG